AUGGGUUCUCUUCGCCGCGCGGGAGGAAGAUUCGCCUUGCACAGGGCUGCAUCACCGGCGGUCGUCCGAGCAAGCCUUGGUGACUUCUUCAGUGGAUUUUUCGAUGGAAGUUGGGCUCCUAAGAGCACUCGAAUCUGGCGAAAGCAGUCGUUUGAGUUUACAUCGAGCGAUGAGAAAGCUUGUGCAUCCGGGUGUCAGUCCCAUGUGGAGGAGAGCAGCAGCAGCGGGAAUGUGGAUCGCGCCCUCGACGACCUGCAGGCUCGCGUGAACAGCGUGCCCGCCGGCGCACGUCCCUCCCUGGAGAACCUGGACAGCUCGGACAACGCCGCCGACAACAGCGGCUUUGACGGCACCUCACCGCUGUCUAGAUCAUUCAGUGAGGUGGACGACGGGGACCUGGCGGCGGCGCUCAAUCGCCGGAUCGGUCAGAUCGCCGCCAGUACGGCAUCGUACGACAGCGAGGUGACGGAGGAGGAGAUGCGGACACUGCUUUCUGCUCAAGAACUCCGACAGUUGAUUUUCACCAAGUACGGCAAAACGUACGACGUGUCAUUCGUACGGCGUGACAUUCCUGGCAAGACAUUCGUGUGCCUCAAUAUCAUGUGGAACCACCUGGAGCAGCGCUCCUUUAAGCUCACCGAGCAGCAGUAUAUGGAGAAGCUGGACGGUGUGGCAUACCUGGUGGGGGCACUGGGGCAGACCGACAAGGUCCGGGCAUUCCUGAAGGAGCCGGCUCGCAGCCAGAAGGGCCUGCCUCCCCGGCCGGUGGUGGGGACGGCGAUCAGCAUUCGAUUCGACCUGGAGCCCGGCGUGAUUGAGGAGUGGUUUGGCAACGGCUACCAAUAG